CAUUGCAUCCCGCCCAACCCUGACUGUGCAGCCCGCUAAGUGGCCACUUGGCAUGUCAAUCCGAAACUUUAUAAAGGCGGAGACCUCCCUGUGUGUGAGGCUAUGAGCCGGCUGUGCUAGGAUGCUGAGGUCUGGUGUCAGCAGGAGGAGCAGCUAGAGGAGAGGAGUACUCUAGUACCUGUCUACUACUCACCUGCAGGCAACAGCGUUCAUCAUGGAACUUCUUGGUUCCACCUUAACUGCAACAUAUGCUCGCCCUAGGCCAACAUCAGCUAAUUUUCUACCAGCCAUAUCUACAAUGGCUUCAAGUUACAAGAACCGAUUCCCACACUAUACUCUAAGCCAUAGCUUGAGUCUUCCAUGGAGACCAAGUACAUAUUAUAAGGUUGCGUCUACAACGCCGACACUAGCACCGCUCUCCAAAAGUACUCCAGGUCUUAAACCAGCUCAAAGCCUUCCUUUCCCUGCCAAUAGAACAGCACUUUUUACUAGAUACACUACAGAUGACUGGUACAAGUCAAGUCAGAACAAUUAUAGAGAAUCUGAAUCUUCCAGGCGUAGUGCAGAAAGAUUACGUGUGGACACCAGUCGACUUAUUCAAGAGAAGGACCAGAAGACAAGAAAGGUCCAGAAUGACACUAGUAAAGAUUUGGGAGAACGAGUCAAUGACAUAGUUUUCUGGAAAUCUGAGAUCAAUCAUGAAAUUGACCAGAUAAUUGGUGAAACAAAUGCCUUGUCUGAGGUGAAGAGGCGGCUGGAAAGGGCACUUGCAGAAACAGAAGGACCUCUGCAGGUAGCUCAGGAAUGUCUGUAUCACAGAGAGAAGCGGAUGUCUAUAGACCUGGUACACGAUGAUGCGGAGAAACAACUUCUGCAGGAAGUAGACACCAUCAAGUCCUGCCAAGAGAAGAUGAGGCGACAUCUAGAGAAGAUAACAACUCAGCUUGCUUCAAACAGGUCGGCUCAGCACGAGCUAGAAAGGGACAUUAGUGACAAGCAGACGGCGUACCGCAUCGAUGAUAAAUGCCAGAACCUCAGAAAUACCUCAGAUGGCAUUGGCUACUACAGAGGAGUGGAACGCAUUGAUGCAUGUAUUUCCAUUCCAGAGUCAUGGGCCAGGUACACAGAUGACAACAUCUUGAGGUCACAGACUGAAAAAGCGGCAUCUGCCAAGGUCCGGGAGGAGGUGGAGAGUCUUCUCAAUGUCACCUCCAAUGAGAUGUGGAGUCAGUUCAAUUUGGUGAACGUCAUGUUUACCAACAGGAUCUCCGAAACAGCAGAUGCUAAGAACAAGCUCCAGAGUCAUCUAGCAAAGACACUCCAAGAAAUUUUCCAGACUGAAAUGACCAUAGAAGCUAUUAAAAAGGCCAUUAAGGACAAAAUGGCUCCCUUGAAAGUAGCUCAGACACGUCUUGAUGAACGCACCAGGCGUCCCAAUGUGGAACUCUGCAGGGAUAUUGUCCAAAUACGUCUUGUCCAGGAGGUUCAAGAAAUUGACGAUACAAUUCAGGCCUUACAGAAACGCCUUAUAGAAGCUGAGGACACACUACAGAUGUUAGUCCAUACAAAGGCCAACCUUGAGCAUGAGCUGUCCAUCAAGGCCAACUCUCUAUUUAUCGACCAAGAGAAAUGUAUGGGUAUGAGGAAGAGUUUCCCCAGCACUCCUCGACUGGUCGGCUACACAUAGGUUCACCUGCUAAAUUCAUGUGUGCUACAUGACAGUGGAACAACGAAGAAUCAUUUUAAAUCCUGAUACUAAUGAUUGUUGCUCUACGGUGUGUGGUGGUUCAGCGGUCUAGUGGUGUGAUAUACAAUGUGUAAUGUUUUACAUAAAGAUUUCACAAUUGA